UUCUUUCUUAUCGAUUGAAAUGGAGGCUGGACGUCUGGCCAUCAAACAUGAUCUUGGAGAUGGUGUUGGUAUCCUAGUGUCUCAAAGCAAGAUUAAUACUGGAGAGUGGCAUGCAGUCAGUAUCAAUAGGGUCAGACAAAAGAACAACCUUUUCAUUAACGGUAACAACGAGGGCAUGGUCAAGUCACCAGGGUCAGAGGUCAAUCUUCAGGUCACAGGAGUCAACUUUGUCUAUGUUGGAGGAGUUCCAUCAGACUUCACAAUAUUUCGCAAUGUCACCAACCAGAAAUUCCGUGGAUGCCUUCGUAAGUUCUUCCUCUUCCGGUCUGCUUACCAGUUGGUCAGUCCUGGGAGCUCGUUUGGGGUCACUCAUGGCUGCUCUGAUCAGACACAACGAAGUGUAGGAUUUUCAGGUUAUGGCUACGUGACAUUUCCACCCAUCCCACUGUCAAGGGAGUCGGGUAUCACCGUGACCUUUACCACCCUCAUGCCGAACACUACCAUUCUAGCAGCGGGGGAGGCUCAGGGAAGGAAACGGAGGGACGUCGAUCCAGACGCAACUGACAUCUCUUAUGCUAUCGGGCUUAUGAAUGGACGUGUCAUCGUUCAGAUCAACAAUGGUCAAGGAAGAUUAACCCUCAGAUCAAAGAGAGGUGAUAGUCCUUACAAUGACGGUGUUGCUCACAAUGUUGUCCUGGUCAAAAAUGAUAAGAGGGUAAAUCUAAUUGUGGAUGAUCGUCGCGUUGAUACCGGCCGCUUAUCUGGUACUGAGCUCUAUAUCAAUGCCAUGUCUCCCUUCUAUAUUGGCUCAUCAGGAAAUCUUACCCUCAGUCCCGAGUUCUCUUCCUUGCCAAGUUUCUCAGGGUGUAUUGAAAAUCUUAUUGUCAUGAAAGAAUUGCUUGGAUUUGAGAAGGCAGCCAGCUUUGAAAAUGUGACCAUUGGAAAAUGUGGACCUCUAACUAUACCUCAGCCCCUGUUGCCUGCCACACCCAUCCCUCCAGAAGAGCUAGAAACCCUAUGCUAUAAUCCUGGAACACCUUCAAUGGCCAACACAGCUGGAAGGUUUGGGAGUGUUCCAGGCAGUCAUUUGGCCUUCCAAAUCAACCCUCAAGAAGUUGCAAAAGUGUAAGUCUAUGAGUUGAAUGUUAUUUCUGCGUUAGGGUUGGAUCAACGAUGUCGUGUUGAUGAUGAUUUGGGUGGUGGGGCUGGUUUUGGUGGAGGUUAUGGUG